GAUCCACAGGGAGACAAAGAAGAUAUUUGAAGAGGUGGAAAAAGAGCCUGAUUCAUUUGCUGUGCUGGAACUCUCAGGAGCAUGGGGCUCACAGACACUGUGAGGGGCAGCUAAGGAGUACUGGGUAAGUGAUGGCUCUGAGAGCACUUUGAAAGCUGGAGGAUGGCACAGGUAAGGAGAUUAGGGGAAGAUGAAGAGCAUGAUGAUUAAUCUGUUCUGUACUGGAUGUCAUGUGGUGCCUAGGUAUCAAUGAUAAAAUAAUAAAUAUAAUCUGAGUAUACUUUCCUUCCUGGAGCUUACAUUUCACUGAGGGAGUGAUAAAGUUAAUAAUCAUUGUAAUAAUUUGACUACUUAAUGUAAUGUUCAAGGCACUGUAAAGAGCUCAAUAUCAGAAGAGUUUCCGGCUAUCCAAACUACAAGUUAAAAAGUCUUUUCUAUAAGAAACCUAUUUACCAACACUGGAAAUAAUAGAAUAAAACACGCUAGAAUAAGCAAGGCAUGGUGCAGUAGAUUCCAAUUCUGCUGCAAGAUGCCACAUUAUCUGUAAAUUAGCCCUGCCUAUGAUUUUCCUAUUAAACUUGUUCCAUUACAUGUUGUGGUUCUACAGUCUGAGAUCUUCCCAAAUCGCUCUCAUAUCUCAUCCCUUGAUUUCUUUAUCAUUGGGAGUCUGAAACCUAAAACGAUUUGCUUCUCUGAUGUUCGCAUUCAUAGUUCUUUUACAGGAGAAGAUUAUGAAGCAAAUGAGAUGUUUGUGGGCAAAAAUUCAAGAAAACCAAAGAAAUUUAAAUGAGGAAAGCAGGAAAACCAACCAGUGGAUUGUAAGUAUUAGGCCUUUUCCCUCAGAUUUAGCCUCAGACAGACAUGCUAGAAGUGUAUCCACUUAUCGGGCCGGGCGCGGUGGCUCACGCUUGUAAUCCCAGCACUUUGGGAGGCCAAGGGGGGCGGAUCACGAGGUCAGGAGAUGGAGACCACGGUGAAACACCGUCUCCACUAAAAAUACAAAAAAAUUAGCCGGGCGUGGUGGCGGGCACCUGUAGUCCCAGCUACUCGGAGAGGCUGAGGCAGGAGAAUGGCGUGAACCCAGGAGGCAGAGCUUGCAGUGAGCCGAGAUCGUGCCACUGCACUCCAGCCUGGGCAACAGAGCGAUACUCCGUCUCAAAAAAAAAAAAAAAAAAAAAAAAAAAAAAAAAAAAGAAAUGUAUCCACUUAUCACUUGAAUGGAAAUCAUCUUGGUUAGGAUUUGAGGAAGAUUUUUCUCAUGGCUUCCAAUCCUGAGGGUACAAUGCAGCAUUGAUUACUGCUCAGAGAGAGUGGUCAGGCUAUGGAGUAGGAAGACCUGGUACUAAAAACUAAUUUAAAAACACAGAGAUCGUGAUACUGCAAAAAAUUAUUUGUGAAUCAACCAUAAAUUCCAACGGCUCUCAUGUAUGCUUUCAGGUAUCAAUGGAUAUAUAUUGAAGAAAUGAUCAAUAAUAACCUUUCUUCAGGUGUUUUCGGAAGUCAUAUAAUGAAUGAAAGUGGUUUGAGGAAAGAAUGAAUUUGGCUUACAGUAUUAUUAAGAAACAAUACAAAUAAAUGAAAGGAAGACAAGAAUGAUUUAUUUCAUGGUUCUGUCAAGUGGGAAGACACGAGCUUAUGUACUUAGCUUAUUGGUAGAAUACAUGAGUCAGGCUAGGCUUCGUGGUUCAUGUCUGUAAUCCCAAUAAUUUGGGAGGAUCACUUGAGACCAGGAGUUUUAAACCAGCCUGGCCAUCAACAUAGUGAGACCCUGAUCUUUAUUAUAAAGAAAAGAUGAAAGAGAUAAAGAAAAGAAAAUGAGUCAAAGUGAAUAGAAGAGGUAUAAGUGGAGGAGGAUGAAUUCAGAGUAAAUAUGUCAUCUAGGAAAUCCAGGUCCCUGCAGUGCUAGGUGUAGCUACGGGCAGAGAUGACCAGAGCUGAGUAGAGGAAGCUGCAUUCAGUUCCCCAUGAGAAGUAAAACAUUUAGAGAAACUUACAGAGGAUGACGGAAAGAUUUUACAGCAACUUAAGGAAAGCAAAAAGACAAAAUGGAUCAGAAAAAAAAAAAAACACCUAUGAAAAAUCUAUAAGGAGCUGAUAAAAAUGUGCCAUAAACUAGAUGUGGAGCUGCUCCAGGAAAGAACCAAUAAUAUGCCUAAAAAAUUUUUGUAGUAUUUGAAGUUCAUACCCUAGAACAAGCUUGUCCUACCCAUGGUCCGUGGGCCACAUACGGCCAAGGACGGCUUUGAAUGUGGUCCAACACAAAUUCCUAACCUUUCUUGAAACACGAUGAGAUUUUUUUUUUUUUGUCAUUUUAUUAAAGCUCAUCAGCUAUAGUUAAUCUUAGUGUAUUUCAUGUGUGGACCAAGACAAUUCUUUUUCUAAUGAGGCCCAGGGAAGCCAAAAGAUUGCACACCCCUGGCUUAGAUGGUAUUAUUUAUUCAACACCAUAGAUAUGUGUGUGUGGGGGGUAUAUAUAUAUAUAUAUAUAUGUGUGUAUACAUAUAUAUGUACCAUAUAUAUAUAUAUAACAUAUACAUCAUAUAUGUAUCUCCUGCUUCUAAGAGGGAGGAACUUUUCCAAGUAGAAAUAACAUAGAUGAAAUAUAAUUCUUAUCCUAACCAUGAACAAGCAAGCUUUUUUGGAAUUUUUGAGUGGAUGUAAUUUUAUAUUCCCCUUUAUCGAACACUGACCACAGGAAAUAUUCCCCUCUAAUAAGCUUCUUUUGUAGCUUUUUUCUGAAAAACUGGACAAAUGUAAUGUGGGAGUCAGACAGCAUGUGUCACUAAGCUGAGAGCCGUGAUAUAUGUAGGUGACAACUGCAUGUGCUGGCAGCAUUGUCCAGCAAGGCUUCCUGUCUCUGAGGAUGGACCCUCCCUCCUCAUCUGGAGCAGCUCCGCGUCAGGCAUGUGGCACGACUCCCACAGCUCUCUGUACAUGGGUUUCAUCCUUUCUAAAUGUUGGGUCAUUCUCGCUUGACUGUCUUGUAAUUGUUGGAAAAGCUCUUUUGCUUCUCUGUCCAGUGCCUGCAGACGCAGUUGCUUCUCCUCCUUGAGAAAUAGAUGCAUCUUUUGAUAUUGAAUAUUGGUUAUCACCUCACUUAAUGACACAUAGUCCUGCGAGACAUUUGGUUAAAAGGAUUACAUCUUCUCACUCUCAACAGAAAACUUCAAAUAAUUAUAUGCUGGGUGUUAUCAAGCAAUUUAUAAACUUUCUGCCUCACUCUUGCAAGGAGUCUUGAAUAUUUGUUAUUUCUUUCUGUCCAUCUUUUUCAAUGUUCCUAUUCUCUCUCCCUCUUUAAAUCAAAACCUAUAUAAAGACUUCUAGUUUCUCUUCCUGAGACAGUUCUUCACAGUUCUUACUGAGUCAAUUAUUUCCUCUAUUAAUCGCCCUUUUAGGAUUUUUCCAUGUGUGAUUUGCCUAAAUGUUAAAAAACAUUUAGCCAUACACCAUAUUAUGCAGAUUGAUUUUUCCUUUUACUAUAUUUUUACUCUAUAUACUAUUUUCUAUACUAUUCUAUUUCUUUCCUCUUCCUCACACCCAAUCUUGGUGAAAUGUCUCAUCUCCAGUGUCUGAAAAGGUUUAUACCAACCUUCAAAUUUGAACUAGAGUACAUAUCAUGCCAUUUAUCCAAUAAACUAGAAUUAAUUUGAUUAGCUUGUGGGGGCUUCUCUAUUUGCAAUUCCUAUUAUAUCAAUUAUAUCAAACCCCCUCUCUCCAAAAAAUGCAAGAAAAAAUCUAACCAGCGACAGAGGCAGACUCCUUUCAAAAAAUAAAUAAAUAAAUAAACAAACAUAAAACUUCUGUUUUGAAGAAACUUAAUCAUCUAUGUGAACACCCACCUACGCCCUAUGAAAUGCAAUCAAUUGGAAGAAAGGGGUGUGGUCUUCAGAGAUUUAUAAAGGGACACUUCAGGAGCCAAGCUUAUUCUUCUCCAGAGCCCACAGAGUAGCUUUGCAACUGGCUUUGGGGACUUCCGAAAGCUACCAGCACUGCACUGUGAGACUCUCAUCCCUGAGCUGAAUUCAUCUGAUUAGACAGCAAGCUUCGGUGAGAACAUAGAUAUAUUUCCGAGGAAAAUGGACUCAGACUUCUCACAUGCCUUCCAGAACGAACUCGCCUGUGUCAUCUGUUUGAACUACCUGGUAGACCCUGUCACCAUCUGCUGUGGGCACAGCUUCUGUAGGCCCUGUCUCUGCCUUUCCUGGGAGGAAGCCCAAAGUCCUGCCAACUGCCCUGCAUGCAGGGAACCAUCACAGAAAAAGGACUUCAAAACCAAUAUUCUUCUGAAGAAUUUAGUGACCAUUGCCAGAAAAGCCAGUCUCUGGCAAUUCCUGAGCUCUGAGAAACAAAUAUGUGGGACCCAUAGGCAAAGAAAGAAGAUGUUCUGUGACAUGGACAAGAGUCUCCUCUGCCUGCUGUGCUCCAACUCUCAGGAGCACGGGGCUCACAAACACUAUCUCAUUGAAGAGGCCGCUGAGGAACACCGGGAGAAACUCGUAAAGCAAAUGAGGAUUUUAUGGAAAAAGAUUCAAGAAAAUCGGAGAAAUCUACAUGAGGAGAGAAAAACAGCCUUCUUCUGGAGGGGCGACGUGGUUUUACGGGCACAGAUGAUCAGGAAUGAGUAUAGGAAGCUGCAUCCAGUUCUGCAUAAGGAAGAAAAACAACAUUUAGAGAGACUGAACAAGGAACACCAAGAUAUUUUUCAGCAACUCCAGAGAAGUUGGGUCAAAAUGGAUCAAAAGAGAAAACACUUGAAAGGAAUGUAUCAGGAACUAAUGGAAAUGUGUCAUAAACCAGAUGUGGAGCUGCUCCAGGAUUUGGGAGACAUCGUGGCAAGGAGUGAGUCUGCCCUGCUGCACAUGCCCCAGCCUGUGAAUCCAGAGCUCACUGCAGGGCCCAUCACUGGACUGGUGUACAGGUUCAACCGCUUCCGAGUGGAAAUUUCCUUCCAUUGUGAAGUAACCAGUCACAAUAUCAGGCUCUUUGAGGACGUGAGAAGUUGGAUGUUCAGAGGUGGAUCUUUGAAUUCUGACAGAUCUGACUAUUUUGCUGCAUGGGGAUCCAGAGUCUUCUCCUUUGGGAAACACUACUGGGAGCUGGAUGUGGACAACUCUUGUGACUGGGCUCUGGGAGUCUGUAACGACUCCUGGAUAACGAGGAAUAGCACAAUGGUUGAAUCUGAGGACAUACUUCUUCUUUUGUGUAUGAAGGUGGAUAAUCAUUUCCGUCUCUUGACCAACUCCCCAGUGUUUCCUCUCUAUGUAGAGAAACCUCUGGGCCGGGUUGGUGUGUUUCUUGAUUUUGAAAGUGGAAGUGUGAGUUUUUUGGAUGUCGCCAAGAGUUCCCUCAUAUGGAGUUAUCCGGCUGGCUCCUUAAAUUUUCCUGUCAGGCCUUUCUUUUACACUGUCCACAGAUGAUCAGGAUUAAGAAAACUCACUGUUUGGGAACUCCAUAUACAAGGGAGCCUGUCACUGUUGAUACAAAGAAAUCGUACUGUUCAGGCUUUUUUCUACUUUAGUGUCACUUCAUUUUAUUGCUAUUAAAUAGAAAAUUUGUCAAAUGCAAAA